AUGAAUUCACCAAACAUUGAAAAUGCUGACCAGUGGAACGAUUCUGAACUGUUUGAACAGGAUGAACAGGAUGAAAUUCUAGAGGAAGAUCAAAAUCAAGAAACUGGCACCUUUUCGAUUUCUUACCUCAUAUCAAGCACCAAGUUUGUCUUGUAUGAUGUCUCUUCUCACUGGGGAAAGAAAUUUUACCAUUCGGUCAUUUGUCCGCAAAAUCCUCAAGCGGAAUAUAAACGUCAACUUGAACUCGCUGAAAACUAUGAGCAAUGGGCUGCUGCCGCUACUGAAUUGGAUCGUCUACAAGGAAAGGAUGCAUGGAAACUUAACCCUGCUUCCGAUGACUAUGAUUACGACUUAUUACAAGCGCGUUUGAUACAACUUCAACGAGUACGAAAAUCCGGAGAUGUAUCGUAUUUGAUAUUUCUGUUGCGUACAUCAUUGGCUAGGAAUUUAGGAGACAUGGGUCUGCCAAAGUUAUAUGCGUAUACAAAUAUCGGGACUAAAAAGCUUAUAGAGGUGUACAUACAAGAAGUUGUAAAAGAUCUGAAUUAUAUUUGUGAUGCACCAUCAGAAGAAAUCACUACCAAAUCGAAAUUAGAAUUUUUUACCAAUAUUAGGCAGUCGCUUGGUAGAACGGCACUUUUGUUGAGUGGAGGAGCUACUUUUGGACUCACUCAUCUUGGCGUAAUAAAGAGUUUAAAUGAAUGCGACCUUUUGCCUCGCAUUGUUUCUGGCGCUUCCAGCGGAUCAAUUAUUGCAGCCCUCGUGUGUACGAAAACUGAUGCUGAAAUACCGCAUUUUCUCGCGCAUGCCUCUUCAGUGAAUUUGGAAGUAUUUGAAAAAUCCUCUGAUCCAGACACCUGGUUGAGGCGAUUAAUCAGAUUAUUAAAACAAGGUGUGCUCUUUGAUGUUGAUAUUCUUCGAGAAUGCAUGCGUGAAAAUAUUGGAGAUAUGACUUUUCAGGAAGCAUACAAUCGUACAAGGAGAAUUUUGAAUAUAACUGUCAGCUCUUCUGGAGUAUACGAAAUGCCACGACUACUUAAUUACUUAACAGCUCCCAAUGUGACUUACUUUGUGAACUUAAUAUAUAAUAAAAUUGGAUCGGUGGAUGCGUCUCUUUUAAAAGUUGAUUUGGUCGGCAGUGUAAGAUUUAUUUCGGCGCCUCUAAUGGCAAAAGAUAAAUUAGGGAAAGUUGUUCCGUGGAAUCCUGAAGGUGCACGCUGGAUUGAUGGCUCAGUAGAAAACGAUUUACCAAUGAAUAAAUUAUCUGAACUUUUUAAUGUCAACCACUUUAUCGUGUGUCAAGUAAAUCCACAUGUUAUUCCAUUCUUGCAGACUAGUCUUAUUCCGUCCUUUAUAAACCGGUUUGUUAGCUGGCUUUUAUUCCUGGCCAUUUCUGAACUGCAGCACCGACUCACGCAGUUAAGUGAAUUGGGAAUCGCGACGAGUCUCAUAUACCGAUUACAGUCAAUGAUGUCACAGCGUUACUAUGGUGAUAUUACAAUAGUGCCACACAUCUCUUACGCUAACUUUUUGAACCUUUUAUCUAAUCCAUCCCCACAAUUGGUGGAAGAAGCGACUCUACGAGGGGAAAGAGCCACCUGGCCUAAAAUUUCGAUAAUCCGUAAUCACUGUCAUAUAGAACUCACACUAGACGAGAUGAUUUAUCGAUUACGUUUGAUACAGUUAAACGAUUCGCUGGCAACACGUAAUUCUGGUGAUGAUCAUGAUCUUGAAACACAUCCGGGAAAUUUGUCAGAUAGCAGUAGUGCCGGUGGUAAAUGUGGUCGUCGUGAACAACGCACUAAAAAAAUUGUCCCGCAAUCGUUGUCAAUUUCUAAACUUGAAGUAUCAUUAUUAUUAAAGAAAUUGUUCUUGUUCUCAAAUGAAUCUAUAUUCAGUCAAAUGAAUACAGAAGUUUCUACCGUCCCACCUGUGAUGCAAGCCCCAAAUGAAUCUAUUCUCCCUAAUGUGGAGGCUUCUAACGCCUCACCCAUUCAAGAUCCAAGUGAUGGUUCUUUCACUGUAACAAAUGUGGAGGAUUCUAAUAUUUCGCUUGAGCGAGAUUCUUCAAGUGAAUCUCACACUGAAAGGACCGAGUCCAUCGAAAGUCAAAUUAAUGAUAAUAAUGAUAAUAUCAAGAAGGCAAAAGAGACAAGCGAGCCCAAAUCUAACCCAUAUCUCACACACACAUAUAAUAGCACAACUGUAAAGAUGCGUGUAUGGACUUCGCGACGCGUAAACUUCAAUCACACAAAUAGCGAUGCCAACAAAAUACUUGGCGUCGGUAAACUUAAAGAGAACACUCUAACAAAAACAAGAAAUAAAAAUGCUCGCAAUACAUAUCCAGCGCAAAAGACACGUACUAUUAAUAAUGAUCCCAAAACGAAAAAGAAUCUUGAUUCACAAAAAAAUAAAUUCUACGGCAAUUAUGCGGGAUAUUAUCGACGACGUAGCAAUACAGCAGUUAAAGAUGAUCCUCGACUUGAAGUGUUUGACAAAAGUUUUUUUGAAAGAAAAGAAGUGCUGGAUAUUGGAUGCAAUUCUGGCGAGUUUACUAUUGAAAUUGCGACACGUUUCUCACCCAAGAGAAUUCUGGGGAUCGAUAUUGAUGAAAAGUUAAUUGAAAAGGCUCGUUCUAAUGUACACAAGAAAGAUAACAAUGAAAUCGCGGGAUCAAAUGAUAAAUUCGAAAAUGAAAUUAAUGAUGAGAGUGAAAAUUUAUCUGGUCGAAGUAAUACGGCUGAAAUCGUAGGAUCCGACAAUGACAUUACCAAUAAAGCCGAGAAUGAUAAGAUAGAAAAGAAUAAUGAAUACCACAGCAUACAUUCAGAAAGCUUGGCAUCUUCAUCAGAAAAGAUUCCAAUGCCAUACGAACGUUCUUUCCGCAAAAGAAACUUUCCGGCAGAAGAGAAAUACGACACGAUUCUUGCGCUUAGUAUAACUAAAUGGAUUCACUUGAAUCAUGGAGAUUCUGGAAUGAAGAAAUUUUUCCGUAAGAUAUACGAUAGUUUAAAACCUGGUGGCAUUUUUAUAAUUGAACCUCAACCCUGGUCUUCCUAUCGUAAAUACCAACACGUUUCAGAGACGCAUAGAAGGAAUUAUAAUAAUGCAAGAUUCUUGCCAACGGAUUUUCACCGAUAUCUUAUGAAAGAAGUUGGGUAUACAUCAUGUCGCUUUCUAAAUGAAGAGGAGGAACUAAAAAAAGGUUUUCGUCGUAAUAUAAUUGUGUAUACAAAACGAAACACUCCAUAA